UUAGGAAAUGUACUCAAAUUUGGCCUGGCCAACCUUGGGCUAGACGAUAAUGAAGCGAUAGCCCCUGAACAGUCUGCUGACUCUUUUGCUAGGGCUCACGAUUCUCCGACUUUUAAGCAUUCAGAUGACAUUAAAUCUUCUUCUGAUGCUGCAGAUGCAACCAUUUCUUCAGACUCCGCACAGAAUAUUGAAACUUCCACCACAGAUGAUGUGCCUCAGAUGCCGGAUUUCCGCAUGAUUUUGGGUGAUACAGAUCAUCGUAGCGGUCAUUGGCUGCCAGUAUCUGUCAGUGGGACAACAACUGAGAUUUCUCAGUCGGGCGAUAUGCACAAUGUCACUUGGAUGCGUCUAACAGACCAGGCAUAUACUUGCAAGCCGUCCGAAGCGGAUCUGAAGGCUGCCGAAUUGUUGAAACAAAGUUUCGGAAGUUGGCCUUACCAGAAGCUGUAUGAGGAUUGCUUUGGAGCUGUGACUAGAUUUCUGCGAAUAGGUCCCUGGUGCACCGCCCUGCGACCCCGAUGA